GUCCUCCCUCACUUCCCUUCUCUUCAUCCUCCAGCAGCGCACUCCAGCAGGCCAACAAAGCACAAUUUGGAAGUCAUUGUUUGGACAGACUUUAAAACGAUCACGACCGGCUAUGGCGGCAAUCAGGAAAAAGCUGGUCAUCGUGGGCGAUGGAGCGUGCGGUAAAACCUGCCUGCUGAUUGUCUUCAGCAAGGACCAGUUUCCUGAGGUCUACGUGCCCACCGUCUUUGAGAACUACGUGGCGGACAUUGAAGUGGAUAGCAAACAGGUGGAGUUAGCACUGUGGGACACAGCGGGCCAAGAAGACUAUGACCGACUGCGCCCCCUCUCGUAUCCAGACACUGACGUCAUUCUCAUGUGCUUCUCCAUCGACAGCCCUGACAGUUUGGAGAACAUCCCGGAGAAGUGGACCCCAGAAGUGAAACACUUCUGCCCAAACGUCCCAAUUAUUUUGGUGGGGAACAAAAAAGACCUGCGCAACGAUGAGCACACCCGCAGGGAGCUUGCCAAAAUGAAGCAGGAACCCGUGAAGCAGGAGGACGGACGGGACAUGGCCAACAGGAUCAGUGCCUUCGGAUACAUGGAGUGCUCAGCCAAAACAAAGGAUGGCGUGAGGGAAGUAUUUGAGAUGGCCACCAGGGCGGCGCUACAGGCCAGGCGGGGAAAGAAGAGCAGUAAAUGCACCCUCCUGUAAACAGAGGGGGCACGAGGACUGCUUCCUGUUGGUUGGGGGAAAGAAAGGAGGAGCAGGUCGACAACCCCCACCCCCCCAAAAAAAUACACCCACACAAAAGACUGUUCUCACCAGUUUUUACAAAAGGUGCAGCGCUUUUACUUUUCUUUUGUCUUAAGUUAGUCCAAUUUUGUCAGUAUUCGAUUUUGAGGCGACGAAAAUCUUCUUUUUUUUGUACUAAAGCAUCAGUCAAUCAGGCCAUAAUGAAAGCUCCGGUAUGAGCAUGUUGAGUGUCAGGAGAAGUUAGCAAAGGAACGUGUUGUGUGAAAGCUGCCAACUGCAAGUCAAGUGCUGAAGCCCCAACUGCUGACCUGACGAAUGUUCCCGCAGCCAACCACAACACUGUGAGCCGUUCAAUCCUGCAUUGACUUCAACAAGCUAAUGCACACGUGACGUCAACGCUUGUUAGUGUGCUUCAUUUACAAAUCCUUGUGUGCGUUCUGGUGCGCUGCACGACACCAGGCUCAAACUCAAAUUUUGCAAAUGGAAACUUUAGUGUUUUGUGUAAUAAAUUACUUUGUAAGAAUCAUCUUGCUAAUUUGCAUCACUGGCUGGAAAAGACUGAAUUGUAGUGCUGCUUGGAUACAAAAUAAAAAAUUUUAAGUAGGAUUUUCAGCACAAGUUUGCAUUCUGGUGGUGUAAGAUGGCUUUUGCAUUGCUUUUUGAGGUUGACGUUUAUUCAUGUUCAAGUAAAAUACAACACAUUCCACAUUGACAUUGUUCAUAAAAAGAAAUACUUCAACAAAACUACA